GCCCACAGUCACUGGUCGGCCUGUGCGCGGCUGUCUGUUGUUUCUGUUUUCCCCGAUCACCGCGGGGCUCCUUUCCGUCUCCUCACCGGGCAAAGCUUCGCCUGCUGUCCCAUACUAUGGAGCUUUCAGCGGCGGGGGACCGCGUGUUUGCCGCCGAGGCCAUCUUGAAGCGCCGCGUCCGCAAGGGACGCAUGGAGUACUUGGUGAAAUGGAAAGGCUGGGCUAUAAAAUACAGCACUUGGGAGCCUGAAGAGAACAUACUUGAUGACCGCCUUGUUGCUGCCUUUGAACAAAAGGAGAGAGAACAAGAACUUUACGGACCAAAAAAGAGAGGGCCUAAGCCUAAAACACUCCUUUUGAAGUCACGAGCACAGGCUGCUGAGAGCUCACCCAGAGUCCUCGAGUUUAAACCUAGUCGACCCCAGCCAUCCUCUAAACCUCCACCUGCACCUACACCUGCACCCUCGUACCAUCCCAGUGGCCCUUCCAAUGCUAAGCUGCAGUCUGGAGCUGCCCAGCCCAAACUUAAGAAAGACAUCCACCGAUGUCAUCGCAUGGCACGGCGGCCUUUGCCCCGCCCUGAUCCUUUAGCUCCACAAAUUGGUUCUUCUGGUCCCUUCUCGCCUCAUCCUACAGUCAGCCCCUUCUGUGAGACAGUCCGCAUCCUUAACCGGAAGGUCAAACCUCGUGAGGUUAAGAAGGGACGGGUAAUUUUAAAUCUAAAAGUGAUGGACAAGAAUGGACCAGCCAAUAACAAAAGGACUCAAAAUUCCAGCCUUCAGUCUCAUGUUGGGCGGCAGAAAGUUCCUUCUCGGAACAGAGUGAUUGGGAAGAACAGGGGGUUUGGAGAUGUAUCUUUUAGGUGCCUGCAGCAACCUAUGAGUGGCUCUGGAUUUUCAGUUUUUAGAAAGCCAAUUGAGGCUUUUUCAAUAGACUCUUCUGCGGAAAAGCCAAAGGCUGAACAAAGCGGUCACAAACCAGGUACAAAUCCAUCGCUGUCUUCCUCUCAAACUUCAAAAGUCAAGACCUCAGCUAUGGCAGAAGCAAUCUUCGAGCCACCUCGAUCUGCUUCGAGCUCAGAGGUCUCAGACAGUGAACCUCUACCCCAACCUUCACACCAAAUCCACCCCAAUCAAUUAGCCCAAUCGGGUGAGGCCAACACUCAAAUUUCACACGCUGCCAAAUCCACACCUAAGCUAACAGACUCAAAAGCCAAAUUGACUCAGUCAGCCAUGCCUUCCUCCCCCAUGUUCUCUUCCUCCUCUUCUUCCUCCUCGUUAUCGUCCUCCUCUGAAGACAACGAGCACAUCCUGGAUCUCUCCGUGCCUCAUGGAACCGACAGGCGACUCAGACAACGGCCACACUUUCGUGGCCGUCGGCAGCCCAAAGUUCCUGAAAUUCCUAUAUCCGAAGAGGCCUCGGAGGAAGACCAGGAUCUGGAUUGGCAUCCGGAGAUGGCUGCACAGUGUGCCAACGUGGUCAUUACGGACGUUACAACCAACCUCCUUACUGUCACUAUUAAGGAGUUUUGUCAUCCUCCUGGACUUCCGGCAAUAGCUUCCUCUCCCUGCUGCACCAAUAAUUUAUCUUCUUCAAAAAAGACAAACCCUUAACUGUGACAACCAAAAAAUUAAUACUCUGAACUCAGAUGCCACGCAAACUGCCUUUUUACAUGUUUGGAAAUGAGUUUCAUAUUACAUAUUAGAUGUAUAUGCAAAACAGAAAUGGCCCAAACCCUACAUGCGCAUGCUGUUUCUCCCCUGAUCGACUGUGUUUCCUGGCUUGUAUUUGCAUAUUGGGUCAUGAUUAGCUCUUACAUUUUAUUGCAUAACACUUCACAAUUCUGACUGCUGCAGUGAUCAUUUUGCACUUUGACCAGUCAGUGCACUUAAAUAAAUUUCCCCAUAAGGUAUUAAUCUCAAAAGGCAUAUUUGAGACUUGCCCGCAACUACAAAUUGGACUUUCUUAGACUAUUGAGCCAUAAAAUCGGCUUGUAGAGACAAGGGGACAAAAAGAUUGUAGUUUCUGGAGCCAUCAUGAUUUAGAUGAAUGCAGAAUCCAGUUUGAUGCUGGUUUUGCUGUCUCAGUAAACACAGCUGCUGAAUAUAAGCUAUAGAGGGUAUUGCCCUUUCCAGCUCUUCACCCUAUUCCAGGUGGAGAUUAAUGUUCUUCCCUCACUGGACAUCUGCGGCAUCUUUAGCUCGAGGCAGACAAAUGCAUUUCUCAUCUUGCGCUUGUGUUGUUUUUCAUUUGUUUUUCCUGACAUUUAUCAUCACAUUGUGUGCAGUGUGUGAGGAUAUACACUCGGUUAUAUGAA